AAGGAAUUGUCAACUGGUACACAAGUAGUGAGGAAGACGAAGAAAGUGGUGUGAACUCAAUCUUAAAAACACUAAGAAAUCAAUCAAAGCUAAGAAAAAAUUCAACAGAACAGCCUGUUUCUGCAAAUGUUGAUCCAAGACUAACAAAAGAUAGGGUGGGAGGAAUGCCAAUGUCUGAUCCGCGAAUGAAACCGGCCCAAAGUCCCAGGAAUCAUGCAGAUUCUGCAUGCAUUGAUCCAAGAGUUUCACGUGACCCAAGAAAAACCAAACCUGAUGAGAUUUCACCUAGUUGUAAUGCAAGAUCUGAUAAUCUUCAACCACAGUCAGGAAGCAAGGUAAAGAACAAAGCAUUACAAGAAGAUGAGGAGGAUGGUGAGAGAGAACUGAGAGAUAAAGCCGUUAUCAUACCUUUGGAAAUGCUACCAGGUGUAAGUUUAAGGGAUCCACGAUGUAAACUAAGACAGUUCAGUCAUAUUAAAAUGGAUAUCAUAUUGACCAAACCAAACUUUGCUAAAUUAAUUGUGUGGGCACCUGAAGAUUUACUUCCAGUUCCCCCACCUAAACCUGAUCCCGUUUCAUCAAUUAAUUUACCAUUGCCUCCACUUAUAGCUGACCAAAGGCUUAAUAAAACAGGUAAUAUGAUAAUGGAGGUGCACCACUCUGUUUCUGACCCACGCUUAGAAAGGCUGGAUCCAAGGCUAGAGACAAAAGCUAAACAUACAAAUAUAGCAGUGAGAUGUAGCUUUGUGGACCAUACAGAAUCUCAUAUAAUCAGUAACAAAUUGGGAGAUCCGCGACUACAAAAAAAUCUUCAGUCGAGGUUAUGCAGAGUGUUGAGCACUGAGAACCAAAAAGAUUCAAACCCUCUCAAAAUAGACCCUCGCGUGGCAGCAAAAUCAGGAUUUGGCUCAUUACAGUCAACUGUUGUAAGUAAACCUGAUCAAGAUGUCCUUCCACCAUAUGCUCCCAAGCUGUCUUCAUCAAACAUUCACUUGAGAACUCCAAGUUCCAUAUUGAAGAAUAUUUCAUUAUAUGAUCCUAAAGACAAUACAAUAUCAAAUUCAGACACUAUCCCACACAAAAAAGAAGAAAAUGAGGAGGAACUGAAAAAGACAGAAACUGUAAAUAAACCUUGUAAAAAUGAAGGUGAGGAAAUGGAUAGUUUUCAGCAGCCUAAAUGUUCCACUGAGAUACCACAAACAAAAAGCAUACCGGUUUUAGAGCAAAGCGAGGAAUGUUCCACCAAUGGUCCAGCUGAAGAAACAGUUAACUCAAAUAAAAGCCCUUCUUUAACUAGCAUACCACAGCCACCCACUGCACCAGCAGUUCACAACCUUCCAAUUCAGGCUUUAACAGGGCUCAUUCGCCCACAGUACAAUGAGCCAAGGCAAAUAAAGUCAUUGGGGCAAGUGAACCAAACACAAGAUGUGGACAUUGAUGAUAAAACAUUGAAAGAUGUUUUUAAAACAUUUGAUCCCACAGCAUCACCAUUUUGUUAGCAACUUCUCCAUUAAAGAGAGAUUUGUUUUUGCUUGUUUUUUGUAAAUUGUAUUGUGAUUUGUAUCUUCUGUACUCUAUUUAUUUGUAAAUUAAAAGCAAGCUAAGCUACUAUAAGUAGUUGUGGAAUCACAUGUAGAUCUAAAUUAUAUUUAUUGCCAGUCUAUCAUUGUAUUUUCUUUGUACAUGCCAGAUUUGAGGAAUUGUUAAUCAUGUGGUAAAGCUGGCAUAUUAAACUAGAACCAAGCACUUUCAUUGUAAAUAGAACAUAAUUACAAUUUUCAUAAAAGUCAAUUAAGUAUAUACUAAACCGUCUUUUCAUACUCAUUAAUGACUGUAUGGUAUCAAGCAAUACUGUGUAGUUUUCUUAGUGCUAUUUAAAAGGAAUUAUUUAUAUAUAUAUAUAUAUAUAUAUAUAUAUAUAUAUAUACACACACACACACACACAUAUGUUUAGUAAAAGCUUUAACUUAAAAGCAGAUUGUCUGGGAAGAUCUAUUGACACUCCAUUUCAGUGUGUAUUGCAAAUUAUUUUGCCAUGCAUACAUGUAACAUAUAUGUAUAACCUUGUUAAUUUAUACCAGUAGUUCAAAUUGUGUUUUAAACAAUUUUUUAAAUAUUGUAAAUAGAGGGAUGGGAAAGCUUAGUUCUGUACGGUUAAUGUACUGAGAAAAAUUUGAGUUCUUGAAGCAUUUUUAUUUCAUUCUUUAAAUUGACUAUAUUCUAAAUAAGUACUGUAGACUAGACAAUGAUGUUUAUGUAUUGCAUGAAAUGUAUUUUUUUGUGUGUAUAACAGUACUUGUAUUAAUUGCUUAUUUGAUUUUAAGUAAAUAUUUAAGAAAACGA